CAUUUCCAGCAUCAGCCAGCCCCAUGCAGCAAAUCUCUCCCUAAUUUCCUAUCCUCUGCCCCAUCACUUUCUCCUCCGUAAACCCUAACACUUCCUUUUCCUUCUUCAUAAUUCAAUAAAAAUUUCCCAAUCCUCAUCUUUGCUCUGCUCAAAGAUUAAUUCUCUGUUUUUUUUCUCUUUGAAUGGCUCGAGUAGUGUAUUUGGUUCCCGUGGUGGAGACGCAAGUAGCUUCGCCGAAGAAGAAAACGGCGGUUACAACGAGCUGGGUUUCGAUACACGCGAAGGGGCAAGGCGUGAUUCUUGACGUCGACAAGUAUGCUAUAAUGCGCCGCAUUCAGAUUCAUGCUAGAGAUCUUCGUAUUCUUGAUCCCAUGCUAUCCCGCCCUUCCACCAUUUUAGGCAGAGAAAAAGUCAUUGUUCUCAAUUUAGAGCACAUUAAAGCUAUAAUAACAGCAAAAGAGGUAUUGCUUAGAGAUCCAUUUGAUGAUAAUGUAAUCCCCAUUGUUGCGGAACUUAAAAGGCGAUUGCCUCAGGAUAAUCUCACAUGUCAAGGUCAAGGAGAAGAAGAAGAACACCCUGGUGUGCGCAAUGAUAUGGACAAUGGGGAAGAAAAUGAAUUUCCAUUUGAAUUUCGGGCAUUAGAAGUUGCAUUAGAAGCAAUUUGUAGCUUUCUUGAUGCACGCACUAGAGAACUGGAGACUGAUACUUUUCCAGCUUUAGAUGAGCUGAUCUCCAAGAUUAGCAGUUGCAACUGGGACUGGGUGCGCAAACUGAAAAGUGCUAUGACAAUGCUGAUAAAUCGGGUUCCAAAGGUAAGGGAUGAACUUGAACAACUUUUAGAUGACGACGAUGAUAUGGCAGACCUUUAUUUAUCGAGAAAGUUGGCUGGGGCAACUUCACCUGUCAGCGGUUCUGAUGCUCCUAAUUGGUAUCUAUCUUCACCAACUAUAGGUUCAAAGAUAUCAAGAACAAGUCGGGCAAGUGCAGUGACAGUUCAGGAGGACAGUGAUAUCGAGGAGCUUGAAAUGUUGCUUGAGGCUUACUUUAUGCAAAUUGAUAGUACAUUGAACAAAUUGAACACACUCCGUGAAUACAUUGAUGACACAGAGGAUUAUAUAAAUAUCCAGCUUGACAAUCAUCGAAAUCAGCUAAUUCAGCUAGGGCUCUUCCUAAGUGCUGGGACUGUUUGUUUGUCUAUAUAUUCUUUGGUUGCUGCAAUGUUUGGAAUGAAUAUUCCCUAUACAUGGAAAGAAGGCCAUGGAUACAUGUUUAAAUGGGUAUUACUUUUGCAUAUGCUUUGGAUCUUAGGUUGUCACCCUCACCGGAAUACUAUGCAUUUCGACUUUCACCUCAAUAAUUUCCUACGCGAGGCACAACGGUCUUGUUGGGUCUUGAAGUGCAUAUUCCUAGAAUCAGUCCGGGGUACAUCAGGGUAAAGCUUGAAGAGACGCGUCAGAAUUAAAACUAAAAUGAAUUCCUUACCAUAUCUUGGUGCAAACCUGGUUAUGAUUCAGCUGCCAAUGUCAGGUGAACAACUGCAUGUUAUAUUGUUAUUAUUAUCAAUGCCUUUUGGACAAUAUGGUCCAUUGGGGGUCUUCCUAUUGAAACAAAAAAGUUAUCAAGUAUCAUUGUGUUGGCAUAUAUAUAUAUAUAUAUUUAUGAAAGUAGGCAGCAAAGUAGUUGGUGAGAACUAUUCCCAUAUAAGAUAAUAUUGCAAAUGUUGUUUGAAGCUAUUUGUGGUUCAUUUUUUUAAAUAAGGUGUCCUUUGGCCAGCUCAAAACUAUUGUAGAGGAAUUAGGCAGACCUAGUGUUGCGUUACGUAUUCUUGGAAGGCAGGCGGGGAGCACGCCACCCAUCAAUUACUGCUAUCAUGAUUUAUCAUUUUUUCUCAAAGAACUCUCAGGUUUUCCCACCUUCCAUGACAUAUAAUAGCAUUGCAGGCUGGCUGGCUGGCUUAUUAAAAAUGGUAAGUAGAAGCAUGCAUUUAUUUUUCUGAAAAGAUGACUUCCUACUUCCAU